CUGAAUACCAAAACCCGCCAUCUUGUUGUGACUCCUUUACGUGCGUGCAAGAGUGACUUCAAGGGGGAUCCAGUCACGUUUUUCCUUUAUUUUAAUUAUUAUUAUUAUUAUUUAUUAUUAUUAUUAUUAUUUUAUAGGCGAGAAGGUGGGAUCCUGACAGACGCUUUUAAAUCUGGCAAGUUUGUCUUUUUAAUUAAUUUCAGCCAUCGCUUCUGGACUAUAGUGUGAAACGAAACGGAGAUGAGUAUCGAGACGUUAUUAGAGGCGGCGAAGUUUUUGGAAUUGCAAGCCCAGCAACAACAGAAAGCACGUGAAGAAAAUGAGCUUCAGGAAAGGCGACGCCGCGAACAGGAGGCGGAGAAGCGAAGGGUGGAAAUUAAUUCUUAUACACAGCCUGUACGAAUGAGCCACAUGACCUGGAUGGAGGAGUCCGGUCCAGCGCAUCGCAACGUCCCUGCACCACCCCCGCCUCCUCCCCUUCCCCCCACUAUGCCCAUCACGAUCAUCCCCAUCCCAGUAGUGUCCUCCACUCCCUCCGCCAUCCCCCCACCCCCCACCACAGCUGUCAGUCCCUUGGCAGCACCCUGCCUCACUCCUCCAAGAAAAGAUGCACACUCACUGCCAAACCAGCAGACACUGCACCAGCGCCCCAUCAUCUCAUCUCAGGUGAAGGCUGAGCCAACAUUACUGUCUCCGUCCAGUGGCACCAAACCAUCCCCACCCCAGCAGAUCCAGACCUUCCCGGGCUCCAUCAUCACAACCCCUCAGCAUGCACUUCUCCCCCAGCCAGGACCCCCUCCAUCCCAGACCAGCCCUGCAUCCAGAGGCAGCCCAACAGAAGACCGUAAUUUCGAUGGCAAGAAGAGACCUGGAGGGGCAGGAACAAGAGAAGUGCACAACAAACUUGAAAAGAACAGACGUGCACACUUAAAGGAGUGCUUUGAGACCCUUAAGAAGAACAUCCCUAAUGUUGACGAGAAGAAGACCUCCAAUCUGAGCGUUCUGAGAAGUGCUCUGAGAUACAUUCAGACUCUGAAGAGGAAGGAGAAGGAUUAUGAGCACGAGAUGGAGCGCUUGGCACGGGAGAAGAUCGCUUUGCAGCAGAGACUUGCAGAGCUGAAGAACGAGCUGAGCCAGCAGUUGGAUGUGAUUGAGAUAGACCGCGUUGUUCGACAGACUGUCCAACCAGAAGAUGACCAGGCCUCAACCUCCACUGCCUCAGAAGGCGAAGACAACUUUGAUGAAGAAAACGAAGACGAGAGCUUGUCAGCUUCGCCCACAGCCUUACCCAAAGUGCCUCCUGCGCUUCAGCCAGAGUUAAAGAAGUCCCGGCCUGCCCCCUCCCUCAUAACACAGCAUAUCUCUAUCCCACACAAACUGUGUAAGACUUUGCCCCCCAUUCCCACAGCUCAGCUAUCCCCUGUCGCGGCCGCUGCCCCAAUUACAGCUCCUACUUUGCCCCCAACUUCUGCACAGCCUCCUAACGGUCCAGCAUCUGCUCCUGCCUCCCAGCAGUCACAGGUAGUGGUGGCCCCCUACACCCUACCUCCUGCUCAUACCCAUAUAGUGACUACACCCAGCCUCCAGCCUACCGUCAUUGCCCAUGCCGGAUCGGCUUCACAUGCCUCCGUCAUCCAAACCGUUAACCACGUCAUCCAGCCAGGCUCCAAGCACGUGGCUCACAUCGCCCCCUCCACCUCCAGUUCUGUGCAGCUGGCCCCUGGACCUCAGUCCUUCAGCCACAUCACGGUACACCCAGUGGCCCACCUACCUGCAAUCUACCCUCAGCCUGUUACUGUCACACAGCCCACUGUCAUGAGCCAUAUCGCACACACACUCUCCCACAGUCAGAUGAAUGGCACAUCGGCCCCCAGCACACAGGCCACCGUGAUGGGAAAACAGACGCCGGUGGGCACCCAGGUGGUCACCCAUCACCCUCAGCUGAUGGGCCAGACCGUCCUUAAUCCGGUCACCAUGGUAGCCAUGCCCUCCUUCCCAGUCAGCACGCUAAAGCUGGCCUGAGGUGCUGACAUUCCCACCCGUAGAUAGAAUAUACACAAUUACAGAGUGGGCACAAGGUGAUGAAUCCCCCCCCCACCCCAACCACUUACUGUGGUUGAGACUGCAACCCCCCCCCCCAAAACCAUAUCCAGCAUUGCAAUCAAAUGAACUCUAAAUCUACAGGACUCAGUACAUUCCAAAUGACAAGAAAGUAUAUAAAGACUUUAAGGAAAACAAAGAAAUUUAUUGAAUGUUUAUUGCUAUAUAAUGAUAUAUAAUAAAAGACAAAAAGAAAUUCUAUCUUAAUGUGUGGGCGAAGGCAGAGUUUGAUGUCUAGAGUGCUUGCGUGCUGCUUAGUAUGUGUGUUAGGCUCUGUAGUGGAGUGUUUUACGAUGCAACCUUGGUCUGAUCCGAAUUUACAACUACUCUCAGUCAGCGUAUUGUCUGACUACUGGUUUAAAUGACUUGAUGAUAUAGAAACAUCCAUUAUACCUCACAAUGGGCUCUUCCUCAGCUAACAUAACACCUCAAAUGGUUAUCCCUCUCAGCACCCACUAGAACAGGUAUAAUGUAAAAUGAGUAAUCAGAUUCUGGUUCCUACAGUCCUGUCUGUCCAAUGUCCACUGACCUGGUCACUUUGGUGUCAGCCUUCACAUUUAAAAAAAACAUGUGGUUGAUGCUAGACUGUAGCAUCAUAAUUUGACCCUGUCCCAAAUGGCACUAGAGUCUACAGUUUGCCUGGACUAUUGCCUUGGUUAAAGCAAAGUCCCUGUAUUAGGCAAGUCAGGUCACUUAGCGACCAUAUUCGUAAUGCAUCCAGGCAGAAAUUUACAGCUUCCAUCUACCUGAAAUGAAAAAAACAGAAAUCUCCAAAACGGUUUGGCAAGAUUUUAUUGCAUUUCAAAUCAGCAGUAUAAUCUGAUGUAAGAGUAUUACAAAUUUGAGUAUCAAAAUAUGCUAUUUUUAGGCUGAUGCGCACAUUCUAGAGUUCAUGUCUCUAUCAAAAAGGUGAUUGGCCCUCUUUAAGGGGACAUUUACAAUGAAAGCGUUGGUCUGUGCUGUUUGUCAGUUGUUUUUUCUAUGUAAACGUGCUUGACAGCAGAGACUGUUUAGCUUGAUACAGAGCACUUGUAGUAAAAUGAAUAGGAGAAAUUGGAAUGCCCAACAUGGUGGAUGUAGAAAUGGAAGUCCCACCUUACAGGUAAAAGAGCCAGUCACCUUUUAGAUACAGACAUCGUCUGUCAGACACCUCAAGGACGUGCAUGCACAUUAGCUUGACCAGCCUGAAAAAACAGCUGUUUUAGCAUGAUCUGAGCUGAGGAAGAACAAUUUAUGAUACUGAUUUUGGAUUUUACUUAUGUUAAUUGAUUGUAGUCUUUACUAAUCAUUUUGGAGAUUUUUGUCUUUCCCCACUGAAGAAAAUAGGAGCUUUACUUUUAUGCCACUUAUAUCCAUAGGAAAUAGCUGCCUGGGAGCGUUCCCAAGAUGGCUGAUGAGUCGACUUGCCUUGAAAGAGACUUUGCUUGAUGGACGUCUUUGACCAUUGCUCAGCUUCUUGCUGCUGUUUUUUUCCCAUUGUCUCAUGCAGUCCGUACAGACUGCUGAUGAUGAAAUCUGAUAAGCAAUGUGGACAACCAAAGUAUUCUUUGGCCUUAAGGAGGGACUUCCAUUUCUACAGCCACCAAUAUGAGUGAACCGUCUCGACCUACAAAGUCUCUGGUAAUAAAUAGUAUGCAAUUUGUUCCACCACUCUGAAAAAGGAUGUAUCAUGGCUGCAAAAGAGGGUGCUUGUGAGCACCCUUCUGAAACCUAAAAUAACAAAUGGGACACCCCUAUGGUCUUGUGGACUUCACAGAUGCUGUCAAGCAUCCAUGAGAUGGCAAGUCCACAUGUGGUGCACCAUUUGGGGCAAGACCAUAAUAGCAGUCAAACAUGUACAGUAGUUGACUGCUAGAUUGAGACACCCGGAACAUAUUUCACAUUUUUAUUUGAGUUUGUCAUUUUGUUGUGCUCUAGCUGGCAUAGAGACUAUUGCUUUGUGACUGUAAUGUGAGUCAUUGGAGGGAAUCUGACAGCAGUGCCUUAAACAUUGUCAAUCUGAGUCCUGUUCAAUGCUGCACAGACGCCCCCUUUUGUUCUCUUUCUGUAACUGCACCCAUUUAGAAAAGAAGAUAUUCGGUAUCAAAGCCUCCUACUCUGCAUACAGCUCAGUGGUGUAUGAAUUCAGCUCCUGUUGCCCAUCUUCUAAAGGGUAAACAAAAAUCAAAUAGCCAUUAAAUUGCAACGGAAGGUGAAAAAUUACUUAAACUUAUUGUAAAUGUAUUCCAGCAAUUACAGUAGGUAAGCAUUCAGUGUCUUCAUCUUACCCGUGAUAAUGACAUAUUUAUGUGGGGUGGAAAUGUCAGUCAGUACAUGGUUGUUAUUUUGUUUUUAGGGUGCAUGUAGCUGAUGUCAUGAGUGUUUAAAUAUAUGUGCUAUAAUUCUAUCACGUGUCAGGCAUGAUGUAGUUGUAUGUGUGUGGCAAAGGCACAUCUUUUGGUUACGGGACAGUUUUGUGGGAGUCAGAGGGCAUGGGCAGGGAAAUGUCUCCGCUCCAAGCUUGAGAUUAUCAGGAAGGUGUCCCGUGUCUGUAUUUAACCGCACUGACCACUAUACAGAUCUGCAGGUAGAGCACAAGCUGAGUACUAAGAGAUUUGAUUUAAACUAACACUGUGAUACUUCUCAGUUGUCCCAUAAAAGCAAACCAGGUUUACAAAUCAGCCUAGCGUUUAUUCUAAGCAAAAGAGUCCCUGCAUUUGUUUAGUUUUUGUUAGCGUGAGAAUUUUCUUUUUCUUUUUUAUGGCUUUAAUUUGUCACGUUUUAGUUUUGUGUAUUUACACGAGUAGGAUGUACACAUGAAUUCUUAAAUGAACGUGGCUGUUUUUGCAUGUAGAUGGAUGAAUUCUGUUUGAAUGAUAACUUUGAAAAAAAAAAAAUUUUUUUUUAAACAGUACUGUAUAUGUUGGGGCAACUUUUCAGACCUCUUUCUACACUGAUAUAUAUAUAUAUAUAUAUAUAUAUAUAUAUAUACACACACACACACACACAUAUAUAUAUAUAUAUAUAUAUAUGUAUGUAUACAUACCUCUAUAUAUAUAUAAUAUACACACACACAUACACAUAUAUAUGUAUGUAUACAUACCUCUAUA